AUGUCUGCGGCCAUUGAAAACCCUGGAUCCGAAACCCGGCCUAUACUUGCACCGACGGGUAACCGGGUUCGGGUCGUGGAAGAACGAAGGAUGAAAAGGGAAAUACAAUCAAAGAACUCUGUGGAGAAGCCUAAAAGAGUAACCUCACAGACGCUACCGAGACGCAGCGGCGGUGCUGCUGUUGCAGUUGUACUGAACAAUGUUUCAGCUGAUAGUUCUUCGGAUUCUUCUUCUUCUUGCAGUGGCUCAACUGCAAAAAGUACAAAAAGUUUGUGCUCAAAAAGAAGGAAUGUGAGAAAUAGUAAUGGUAUUGUUAAACCUGCCAAAAUUGUGCCUAAUGGAGUUGAAGCUUUGGCUAUCUCUCCAAUGGUUCCGGCUCCUGUUAAACGCUGCGAUUGGAUCACUCCGAAUUCCGAACCACUUUAUACUUCUUUCCAUGAUGAGGAAUGGGGAGUCCCUGUUCAUGAUGAUAUGAAGCUUUUUGAGCUACUUGUUUUAUCACAAGCAUUGGCAGAACUCAACUGGCUGGCAAUCCUCAGCAAGAGAGAAACAUUUAGAAAGAUUUUUGAUGAAUUUGAUCCGUCAUCAGUUGCAAACUUUGAUGAGAAGAAAUUGCUAUUGAUGAAAAUGAAUGGUAACACAUUGCUAUCUGAACCUAAACUUCGUGCAAUCGUGGAAAAUGCGAAACAGCUGCUCAAGAUCCAGCAGGAGUUCGGAUCCUUCAGUAAUUAUUGUUGGCGUUUUGUGAACCACAAACCUUUGAAAAAUGGAUUCCGUUAUUCACGUCAACUACCAGUUAAAACACCAAAAUCAGAACUCAUAAGCAAGGAUCUGAUGCGAAGGGGCUUCUGCUGCGUCGGACCUACUAUUGUGUAUUCGUUCAUGCAAGUAGCUGGGUUAGUUAACGAUCAUCUCACCACAUGCUUCAGAUAUGAUGAAUGUAACAUGGAUUUCAAAAAGAAUUCAACGCCCCAACUAGAAAAGACAGAAGUUACAAGGGAAGCUGAGACAACGAUGUGCACAUUCAUUGCGUCAAAACUCCGUGAACUGUAA